AUGAAUAAAGCUAUUCCACUGUCUUGUCAUAGUCCCGAAUUCAAAGGGAUCUCGGCUUUGAACAUCAUCUAUGAGGCUGGCCUCGAUAGUGAAAGUCGACCUAUCUUGGUUUUAUGUGCAGAUAAUCUACCAAAUCCUGAUGUCUAUGAUUAUGAUUUGAUCCUGUCCUUUAUUCUUGCGCGACUAGAUGAAUUUGUUGAGAAUGACUAUGUCCUUGUGUUCUUUUCUUCGCCAGCAAGAUAUAGACCUGGAUGGAUGUGGCUGUUGAGAGCAUAUCGUUCACUCGAUCGCAAAUACAAGAAGAAUUUGAAGGCUCUUUAUGUCGUUCAUCUCACAAGAACCUAUCGCAUCAUUUUCGAUCUCGCCAACAAAAUCAUCAGUCCCAAAUUUGCUCGAAAAUUACGGUACAUUCCAAAUCUGCAGACACUCCAGGCAAGCAUCACUUUGGCACCGCAAUUCAUCCCUCAAAGAGUUGUCCAGUAUGACAGCCAGCUUCCAGCCAUCUUAAACAAUCAAGCUUAUGCGCCUCCCGUUCCGCAACGCCAAAAGAGACCGCUACCAUCAUUGGCUUUCGGAAGGAGAUUAGAAGAUUUGGCAUCGCUUGAAGGCAUUGAAUCGACGGAUUAUGUCCCAAAUUUCGUUUUACAGAUUGUAAAUCAUCUAAGAGAUUAUGGCUUGGAAAAGGAGGGCAUUUUCAGAAAGUCGCCUUCGAGUGAUGAACUGCAAUCUGUCAAAGCAGCCUUUAAUAAUGGCUCUAUUGUUGACUUGAAGCAACACGACAUUGAUGUAUCAGCAGCUCUGCUAAAAGUUUUCAUUCGAGAGCUUCCCGUCCCACUCAUUGGCCUAAAGUUCAGUGAAAGCAUAGGAGCAUUACCAGAUGCCAGCAUUUGCACCAAUGAUACCAUUGUCAAAGUCAAGACCAAACUGCAAGAGCAUUACAAGAACUCCCCCAAUUACUAUUCAUUGCUCAAGUACAUUUGUCAAUUCUUGAAGCAAGUCUCUGAACAUGCUAGUAAAAACAGAAUGAACACGCAUAAUCUGUCCGUGGUAUUCACACCCAACAUGAUCAGAGCUGAAGAGAUGCCUACAACCUCAUCCUCAGGAAACUAUGUGAACGUACCAGAUACACAACAGUCUGCAUUGGCAGAUGCCGCUAUUUAUUUGAAGCAAAUGAACCAAGGUAUGGUGUUGGUUCAGUUGUUAAUAACAAAACAUGACACUAUUUUUGAAUAA